UCCAUAUCCUAAGCCUGCGAGAGGAACGGUCACCAGCAUCAGCCUAACUAAAUAUAUCAGAAACGCAAGCAUCUUGCGCGGCGUUGGAGAAUGAAACGCAGCUAUAAUGGGUGUAUAUAACAAAAAAGGAACUAUUAAAAACUUAACCGUCAGUCUUUUUUGAUUUUUGCUGCUGGUUGUAGACGUCAUUGGAGAAUUGGCAUCGUGCAGGAUUUCUAUGCUGUUUUAGUCGUCUACGUGUGGAUAUAUAGCGGAGAACAUUCUGUGGGUUUAAAUCACAACAGCUUCAACCAUGUCUGGUGCCUCCGUGAAAGUGGCUGUCAGAGUGCGGCCCUUCAACUCAAGAGAGACCAGCAAAGAAUCAAAAUGCAUAAUACAGAUGCAAGGGAACUCCACUACUAUUUUGAACCCCAAGAACCCAAAGGAACCACCAAAAUCCUUCAGCUUCGACUACUCGUACUGGUCUCACACCUCACCGGACGACCCCAGCUUUGCGUCACAAAGUCUUGUGUUCAAUGACAUCGGGAAGGAGAUGUUGCAGCAUGCUUUUGAGGGAUAUAAUGUCUGUAUUUUUGCCUACGGCCAGACCGGAGCUGGCAAGUCCUACACCAUGAUGGGAAAGCAAGAGGAAGGACAGGAAGGCAUUAUUCCACAGCUCUGUGAAGACCUCUUUGAGAAAAUCAAUGACAAUAACAAUGAGGAGAUCUCGUACUCGGUGGAGGUGGCUUAUAUGGAGAUAUACUGUGAGCGGGUGAGGGACCUGCUAAACCCUAAGAAUAAAGGGAACCUGCGUGUCAGGGAACAUCCUCUACUUGGGCCGUAUGUUGAAGACCUCUCAAAACUGGCCGUCACCUCUUACACAGACAUAGCUGACCUCAUGGAUGCUGGUAACAAAGCCAGAACUGUUGCCGCCACCAACAUGAAUGAGACAAGCAGCCGCUCUCAUGCAGUCUUCACUAUCGUUUUCACCCAGAGGAAGUAUGACAGCGAGACAGACCUGUCCACAGAGAAGGUCAGCAAAAUCAGCCUGGUGGAUCUGGCAGGAAGUGAGCGUGCUGACUCAACAGGGGCCAAAGGAACCAGACUGAAGGAGGGAGCAAACAUCAAUAAAUCUUUAACUACACUAGGAAAGGUUAUUUCAGCGCUGGCUGAGGUGGAUAACUGUACCAGCAAGAGCAAGAAGAAAAAGAAGACGGACUUCAUUCCUUACCGAGACUCAGUGUUGACAUGGCUGCUAAGAGAGAAUUUAGGAGGGAACUCGAGGACAGCUAUGGUGGCCGCCCUGAGUCCUGCUGACAUUAACUAUGAUGAAACUCUCAGCACACUCCGAUAUGCAGACAGAGCCAAGCAGAUCAAGUGCAAUGCAGUCAUCAACGAGGACCCCAACGCCAAACUUGUGCGGGAGCUGAAGGACGAGGUGACGCGUCUAAAGGAGCUGCUCCAUGCCCAGGGCCUUGGGGACAUUCUGGACAUCGAGCCAAUGGGGGAUGAUUACCUUGGAAGUGGAAGCAAAUGUCACGAUAUUAACGAUGUUAAAACAAUGAUCUAUCGGAGAAAAGACCUGAAAGAUAUACACAACAAUAAGCACAGAUACUUGCUUGCCUCAGAGAACCAACGGCCUGGCCAUUUCUCCACAGCACCUAUGGGCUGCCUGACAGCCUCUCCGUCCUCAGGCUCUCUGUGCAGCCAGGCAGGGCUUCAGUCCGUCUCAAGCAUCCAGGAGCGCAUCAUGUCCACGCCGGGCGGAGAAGAGGCCAUCGAGAGGCUGAAGGAGUCAGAGAAGAUCAUAGCCGAGCUGAAUGAGACCUGGGAGGAGAAGCUGAGGAAGACUGAGGCCAUCCGUAUGGAGAGAGAGGCGCUGCUGGCAGAGAUGGGAGUGGCCAUACGGGAGGAUGGGGGAACCCUGGGUGUCUUCUCUCCUAAAAAGUUUGUUCCUGAUAGACCAACGUCACUGUCUGUUGAGGACUUUAGUGUUUAUUCUUCUAAUCAGCUUUACGUUGAAAGGCCCUGUGAAGUCUAUACUGACUUUAAUGGGGUAUUUUCACCCAAAAAGACCCCUCACCUAGUGAACCUGAACGAGGAUCCUUUGAUGUCAGAAUGUCUGCUUUAUUACAUCAAAGAUGGAAUAACAAGGGUGGGCCAGGCAGAUGCAGAAAGAAGACAGGAUAUAGUUCUAAGCGGAGCUCACAUCAAAGAGGAGCACUGUGUCUUCCGCAGUGAGAGAAAUGCCAACGGAGAUGUGAUUGUCAAGUUGGAGCCAUGUGAAGGGUCCGAAACAUAUGUGAAUGGAAAACGUGUGACUUCUGCAGUCCAACUGCGCUCAGGUAACCGCAUUAUCAUGGGAAAGAACCACGUGUUCCGGUUUAACCACCCUGAGCAGGCUCGCGCUGAGCGUGAGAAGACCCCGACAGCAGAGACCCCCGUAGAGCCAGUGGACUGGACCUUUGCCCAAAGAGAAUUGCUGGAGAAACAGGGUAUCGACAUGAAGCAAGAGAUGGAGAAAAGACUUACAGAAAUGGAGAUCCUGUACAAAAAAGAGAAGGAAGAAGCGGACCAGCUGCUUGAGCAACAGAGACUGGUAUAUGAGAGUAAACUGCAAGAGCUGCAGAAACAGGUGGAGACUCGCUCACUGACUGCAGAGACCCCAGAUGAAGAGGAAGAUGAAGAGGAAGAGGAUGAAGUGCCCUGGACCCAGCAUGAGUAUGAGUUGGCCCAGUGGGCUUUCAGGAAGUGGAGAUAUCACCAGUUCACCUCCCUCAGAGACCAGCUGUGGGGCAAUGCUGUGUACCUCAAAGAAGCCAAUGCCAUCAGUGUGGAGCUCAAGAAAAAGGUCCAGUUCCAGUUUGUCUUACUCACGGACACCCUAUACUCUCCGCUGCCCCCGGAGCUGCUGCCCCCAGAACCAGAGAAAGAGCGUGACACUAGGGCUUUCCCUCGAACAGUGGUGGCUGUGGAGGUUCAGGACUUGAAGAACGGAGCCACUCACUAUUGGUCCCUGGAGAAACUUAAGCAGAGGCUGGACCAGAUGCGAGAGAUGUAUGACCGUGCAGGCGAGAUGGCCUCGUCCAAUCCGAGUGAGGAUGUGGAGGGUGCUUUGACCGGCAGUGACCCGUUCUAUGACCGCUUCCAUUGGUUCAAGCUGGUUGGGAGCUCACCUAUUUUUCACGGCUGUGUGAAUGAGCGUCUGGCCGACCGCACUCCCUCGCCCACCUUCUCCACCACCGAUUCUGAGAUCACUGAGCUGGCCGACGAACGGCAGAGCGAGAUGGAGGAUUUCAUGGAUGACGAGGCUUUUGUGGACGACACCAGCUCAGACGCUGGGACCGAGGAAGGCUCUGACAUCUUCAGCGAUGGGCAGGACCCCUUCUAUGACCGUUCCCCAUGGUUCAUCCUGGUGGGCAGAGCCUUCGUGUACCUGAGUAACCUGCUGUACCCUGUGCCUCUGGUGCACCGUGUCGCUAUAGUAACAGAGAAGGGAGAAGUGCGAGGAUUCCUGCGAGUGGGGGUCCAAGCCAUCGCUGCUGACGAAGAGGCUCCUGAUUAUGGAUCUGGUGUGCGUCAGUCGGGCACUGCUAAGAUUUCCUUCGACAAUGAGUAUUUUAAAAAGAGUGAUUUCUCCUCCGUGGUCAUGACCCGCUCUGGCAUCUCUUUGGAAGAGCUGCGUAUUGUGGAAGGUCAAGGUCAGAGUUCGGAGGUCAUCACCCCUUCAGAAGAGAUGAACAGAAUAAAUGACAUGGACUUGAAGCUUGGGAACGUGGACACAAAACUGGGUGACGGCUUGGCAGAGCAUCUGGAAGUGGGCAGUAUUUUCACUUUCCGCAUCACUGUUCUGCAGGCGAGCGGCGUCCCGCCCGAGUACGCAGAUAUCUUCUGCCAAUUCAAUUUCCUCCAUCGUCACGAUGAGGCGUUCAGCACAGAGCCCCUGAAGAACACAGGCAAAGGUGCCCCGCUGGGCUUUUACCACGUACAGAAUAUCUCAGUGGAGGUGACAGAGUCUUUUAUUGAGUACAUAAAGACCAAGCCAAUUGUGUUUGAAGUGUUUGGCCAUUACCAACAGCACCCACUGCACAUUCAUGGACAGGAAGUGGUCAGCCCUUCUCAGCCUUCUAGAAAGUACUACCCCCCACCUAUGCCUUUGUCUAAACCAGAUCAUGCACGUAAGAUAGAGUUGAUCAGGUACCUGAUGAGCGGGUAUGUGCACGGCCAGGUGUUGGACACACUCUCGGAGCACGCCAACGCACUGGCCUCCGCAGCCGUCGCCAGCCUGGAGGAAGGGGCAGAUGAGCUGUCCCACUUCCCUUUCCUCCCGGUACCCAACAGCCCCGUUCUCAGAGUGCGCAAACACAACGUGCCAGCCACCAAACUGAACACCAUUACCAAGUCUAACCUGGGUCAGUGUGUGAGCAAGUAUGACCUGCUGGCCUGGUUCGAGAUCAGUGAACUGGAGCCCACUGGAGAUUAUAUCCCAGCAGUAGUAGAUCACACAGGAGGUCUUCCCUGUCAUGGCACGUACCUUUUGCACCAGGGCAUUCAGCGUAGAAUAACAGUCACUCUGAUCCAUGAGAAGGGCUGUGAGCUGCACUGGAAGGACGUCAGAGAGCUGGUGGUUGGUCGAAUUAGGAAUAAGCCAGAAGUGGAUGAUUCGGCUGCAGACGCAGUCCUGUCUCUCAACAUCAUCUCAGCUAAAAACCUGAAAUCUUCUCACAACUCCAGCAGCCUUUGUAUUGAUAGCGAUAUAGCUAGGACGUUCUACCGGUUCGAGGCUGUCUGGGACAGCUCCCUGCACAACUCUCUCCUGCUGAACCGUGUCACUCCCUACGGAGAGAAGAUUUACAUGACCCUGUCAGCUUAUCUUGAGCUUGAUCACUGCAUCCAGCCUGCCAUCAUUACCAAGGACAUCUGCAUGGUCUUCUACUCCAGAGAUGCUAAGAUCUCUCCUCCACGCUCCCUGAGGAACCUGUUCGGCAGUGGCUACUCCAAAACCCCCGACUGUAAUAAAGUGACUGGAAUCUAUGAGCUAAGCUUAUGCAAAAUAGCUGACACAGGAAGCCCAGGUAUGCAGCGACGGAGGCGGAAGGUUCUGGAUACAUCUGUGGCGUAUGUGCGUGGAGAGGAGAACCUGGCCGGUUGGAGACCCAGAGGAGACAGUCUGAUCCUGGAGCACCAGUGGGAGCUGGAGAAACUCGAGCAGUUGCAUGAGGUGGAGAAGACACGUCACCUGCUGCUGCUCCGUGAGAAACUGGGUGAGACGGCUCCUCCUAAAUCCCUGAGUGACUCCCUGUCUCCCAGUCUGAGCAGCGGCACCCUCAGCACCUCCACCAGCAUCUCCUCCCAGAUCUCCUCCACCACCUUUGAGAGCGCCAUCACGCCCAGUGAGAGCAGCGGAUACGACUCCACAGACAUCGAGAGCUUGGUAGACCGCGAGAAGGAGCUGGCCACUAAGUGCCUCCGUCUCCUGACACACACUUUCAACAGUGAAUACAACCAGAUGUAUAACAGCAUCAGUGACUGCAAGUUGUCGGAUAUCUCUCCUAUGGGCCGUGAUCCAUCCGUCACCAGUUUCAGCAGUGCUACUCUCACACCCUCCUCCACCUGCCCCUCUCUGUCAGACUCUCGGACCCCUGAAGCUAACUCAAGUGCCACCAGCCCCUCAUGCUCAGACUAUGAGAACUUCCCCAUGGUGCCCAUUCUGGAAACGUCCUACCUGGCCCGCGCCGGCAAACACGAGUUCCUCAACCUUGUGCCUGAUAUUGAGGAAAUGAGACCUGGGUCUGUGGUAUCUAAGAAGGGAUUCCUCAGUUUCAUGGAGCCCCGCUCCAACUCCUGGGUGAAGCACUUUGUGGUGGUUCGUCGGCCAUACGUGUUCAUCUACAACAACGACAAGGACCCAGUAGAGAGGGGAGUGCUGAAUUUAUCCACUGCCCAGGUGGAAUACAGUGAAGACCAGCAGGCCAUGCUCAAGACACCUAAUACAUUCGCCGUGUGCACCAAGCACAGAGGGAUCCUCCUCCAGGCCAACAAUGACAAAGACAUGAACGACUGGCUGUAUGCCUUUAACCCACUGCUAGCAGGAACAAUAAGGUCAAAGCUGGCGAGGAGACGGUGCAGUCUGAUGAAGAACUGAACGAGCGUGCACACACACAGAGAUAGUGCUCACUUCUCGCUCUACCUUUACAACGUACCAAGUGUGUUAACACUUCUAAAUCUUUGUGGUUCUUGACAGUUUCUCUUGUAUGUAGACCUGUGGCUCUGUUCUCCUCUCUAGCAAAUGAACUUUCAGUUCCUAAAUCCCAACUGUCCCCUUCCUCCUCCUCCUCCUCCUCCUCCCCUCUCUAUUGUGUUAUUGAUUGGAUUUAUUCUGUCUUCAGUUUUGUUCUCUGUCAUAACUGAACCUCCUUCAAGUAGCAUGUUGUAAUAGUCUGUUUGUGCGUGCACGAAUCUUCAGAGCAGGUUCUGCUUUCUCUUGAGUUACUCUCGUCUGGAAACUUCAUCCUUACAGUGUUGUCUGCCAGGAACAUCUUACCCUCAGGAGAAAGUUGGUUUGCUAUAAAAACCCCCAUUGAGUAAAAAAAUAUAUGUUAAUAUAAAUAAUAUCUAAAAUAUUCCGUAUUUAAUUAUCACAAAUCAACUUUCUCUAUAACACAAAAACAAAUAGCUUUGCUCCAGAUAUUGCUUAAAAAAAAGAUUUUUAAAUGGACCAAAGCACUUCUUGAAGAUGCUUAAUUUUCUAAACAAAGAAAUUGACCCUUCAAUUUAAGAUACUGAUUUGAUAGGUUACAGUUAACGAAAUGAAGGAUUGAAUUAUUUAUGUGGUUUAUUAUCUCAAGUCUGCAGGGUCAUUAAACCAGCCCUUGAGAAUGAGCAGGAUCACUUUUUAAUAUUAUUGAACAUUUAUCAUGUAUCUCUACUGAUUAUCUUAACUUAUUUUUAU